AUGCCAUCUGGGACAGAGCUCACCCCUUACCUCCCUGUGCCCAAGCCGGCCAUCGAUGGAGUGCGCGAGUUACUCAAAACCCUUCACUAUAGCAGUGCGAUCGCGGACGUCGUAGACGCAGUCUCCAUCGUACAACUUGGGUCUGAUAUACGAUGGCUAUCUGGCGAAGAUGGAUCGUCACCAAUCGUCAGCCGACACUCGUUCGCGGAGGGGUCGCGCUAUGCGGCAAGCUGGAUGAAAGAUGAGAUCGAAGAGACAGGGGCUAUAUGCGAGCUGCAGCCUUUCCUUCUUGGCUUCGCCCCCAAUUUGAUAUGCCGCUAUCCUGGUACAACGAACACGACAGCCACAGUGAUCCUUGGCGCGCACUACGACAGUCGAGGUUCCUUUGGUAGUCCCCGAGCGCCUGGGGCUGACGACAAUGGAUCUGGCACUGUCGGUGUGCUUUCGAUUGCGCGCUUGAUCGCCUCGAAAGGUAUCGCGUUUGAGUCGAACGUGGAGCUCGCUCUGUUCGCUGGAGAGGAGCAAGGUUUGCUCGGUUCGAAGCACUACGCCAAACAGCUGAGAGCCGCGAACAAGAACGUGACCUUCAUGUUGCAAGCAGAUUCUGUAGCGUACCGCACCCCAGGAACGCAGCCGCAACUAGGCCUACCGGAUCUUAUCGGGACCCCCGAGGCAGCCCAACUCGUCGGCAAUAUCUCUAACCUCUACUCACCAGAGUUACGCGUAGGUUAUACUCCAGUAUGCUGCAGCGACCACCAGUCAUUCCACGAGCAAGGCUUUCCCGCGACAUGGAUCUAUGAGAGUGCAGGUCCAGUUAUCGACCCUAUGUACCAUAACAGCGGAGAUCUGAGUGAUCGUAUUGGAUACGACUUCAGCCAAUUGAGAAGCGCCGUGAAAGUCAUGUUUGCGACCAUUCUGCAUGCCGCAGGAUAUCAUACUGCUGCACGUGGCGGCUUCGAAGAGCAGCAUGUGUUCAAGGUAUGCAAGCAUUUGUGA